AUGGUUAAACCUGACGGUGUACAGAGAGGAUUAGUUGGUGUAAUAAUAAAGCGUUUUGAAAGAAAGGGGUAUAAAUUGAUAGCUUUAAAAAUGUUAAAUCCAACAAAGGAAAUACUAAAGGAACAUUAUAAGGAGUUGUCUGACAAGCCUUUUUUUAAUACCUUAGUAGAUUAUAUGAGUAAGGGACCUGUUGUAGCUAUGGUUUGGGAGGGAAUGGAAAUUGUAAAGCAAGGUAGAAAAAUGAUAGGUGAAACGAACCCAUUAAACAGUAACACAGGAAGUAUUCGAGGAGAUUACUGCUUAGAAGUAAGUAGGAAUGCAAUUCACGGUAGUGACUCAGUUGCAUCAGCUAACAGAGAAAUUAAUAUAUGGUUUAAAGCAGAUGAAUUAGUGCAAUGGAAACAUCACACGAACUCCUGGGUUUAUGUUCAGUCCUAA